GGAGACUGCGGGCGUGUUUGUGUCAGCUUUUUGUUUUUGCCCAGUUCCGCUAUUUGUACAGAAAAAUUUCUGAAAAACUCUGGAAAUCUAUUCAAAUAUGAUCCAGCGCCCAGCGGACAGCUAAAGGAAGGAGGAGGAGGAAGAGUAUCUCAUGAAACAAUGAUGAAAUAAAUUUAGGGUUUGCCGUAUCUUCUCUGGGUUGGGAAACUCUGUUCAACCUACUGGUUCGGUGUGGGUAAUGGAGGCGGACUUGAUGCACAAUGUUCAUGCAGAAGAAGAAGAAGAAUAUGUACUACUUGAUCUUGAUGCUGUUUCUGGGCAAGUUGACAUUCCGCCAGAUGCACCAUAUGUUCUAUUUGGUCUUGAUACGUUGAAUCCAAUAUUGAUCAUAGAUGACAAAUUGAAGCUGAUAGGAGAAUAUGAAGAAACAAUAGGAACAUGCUUGGUUUUCACUGAAGAAGAAGCUCCACCAUUGCUUCAUGAGGAGACAGGACCAUCAGAAGCGAACCUUUUCACAGGUAAAUACAUAAUAGAUCCAAAUCAAGCUCCAAGUAAGCAGGUGAAGCCAGUUGCCCGUCUUCAUAAGACUCUAAAGUUUAGAUUGUUGUCGGAUGAUGAUAAAGAUGCUUCAGUUGAAGCAAAUACACAGAAGUCGUGAACGGAGACCCUUCUGGCAGGAAUUUGAUUUGCCAGUUUUGCAAUGAAUCUGAUUUGUGGGCAUGGCGAGAAUGUUCCGCAUUAAAGUUGUAGUAAUUUUGAUGUGAAUUAAAGAGAUAGGUUCAUACUUCAUAGUUAUCAGAGGCUUUGGCAUCUGUUUAGCGUAGGUUAGCUAACACCCAAUAGUAAAUUAGAACAGGAAGAAUUUGAUAUUGUCAGCUAUCCAAUUGCAAGAGUUGUAUCAGUCUAUAUUUUAUGACAGCUGAACGCCUCAACAUAAUAAAAGAUGUUGAUUAAA